AUGAAGACUCCGGAAACCCAGAAGCCAAAGGUACUGGACGUGGCCUUCAUCGCGAACUGCCGGGAGGGCUGGUGCUUUGCGCUCCCUUCCUGGCGGCAGGCCUACUCCACGCCAAGCAAUCUCGCCCGCUGCGCGCCGCCCGAGGCCUUCCUGGCAGUGCGGGCGAGCCUGGCAGCCUUCUGGCUUGGGAUCACAAUCUGGUCCAUGGUGGAGCACAAGAGCAACGACUGGGAGACGGCGCCGGAGUGGUACAUCUACCUCACGCAUUGGACGCUGCUGUUUGAGCUCUUUUACCUCAUCCUCGCCGCCGUUGUGUCGGGCUUGGCCAUCGCGUCGAGAAACGGGGAGCCAGACGGCACCACUCCGUGCUACGUCCGUCUCACAUACGCCCUGCAGGUCCUCACCUACGUCGCCCCCUUUUUCGUAUUCGUGCUCUUCUGGGCGCUCGUCUACGACUGGAACUCGCCCGAUCCGCCGUCCGUGCUCUCGUGCUUCACGCACGGCGUCAAUUUUGUGGUGGCGCUCUGCGACUUCCUCAUCGCCGGCCUGCCGAUGCGGCUCAAUCAGAUGUGGGUGCCGGUGCUGUACGGUAUAACCUACGUCCUCUUCAGCCUGAUCUACGACCUGGCGGGCGGAACGGCAGGCGGCGAGCCCUACAUCUACGCCGUGCUGGAUUGGUCGGAGAACGCUGGGGUGGCCGCCGCGUACGGCGGAGGGGUGGUCUUUGGGGCCUUCCCCAUCGUCUUCCUCGCCUGCCUCUUCUGCGUCUACCCGCUGAGGAACCUGUGCCAGUGCUGCCCCGCGGCAACGGGCCUGGACGUUUGA